AACUACGCAUAUUCUUACAGCUAAUAUUACACAUCUCCAACGAAUUUCCUUUCCAGAUUAUUAUUAAAAAUAAAUAAAUCCAAUCCUUCCUCCUCCUCCUAACUUCCAUUCCCCAUCCUCGCUCCUUUUCCUCUCUCCAUUCACUCUCUCACUCAAGCAGAAACGAAUGCAGAGAAGAAGAAUGCUUCGCUAUGGGAGAAGAAGACUCGCUCUUUCAAAUUAAAUUAAAUUAAAUUUGAAUUUAAAUUCUAGUUUCUUCCGAUAGUCAGUGCACCAAUCUCCGUCAAUUUCAAUGUCGUCUACCUUCAGUCCGUCACGAAAUAGUCCUGGCAGCUCCAGGCUACAGCUCCAGCUUGGUGUUGUUUCUAGGUUGAGAUCUUCGUCUUUAAAGAAGCCGCCUGAGCCGCUCCGCCGUGCCGUUGCUGAUUGUUUGUCCUCCUCCUCUGUUGCCUCCACUUCUCAACAUGGAAUUUCCUCCGUUACUCUGACUGAUGCCCCUAGAACGCUUCGUGAUUAUCUGGCAGCCCCUACAACUACCGACCUGGCUUAUGGUGUAAUUCUAGAACAUACAAUUGCAGAGAGGGAACGCAGUCCAGCAGUAGUUGGAAGAUGCGUGGCACUUUUGAAGCGACACCUUCUACGAUAUAAACCAAGUGAGGAGACAUUAUUUCAGAUUGAUCGGUUUUGUGUGAGCUUAAUUGCCGAGUGUGAUAUUAGCCUAAAACGAAGAUCGUUAACAUGGUCUGGAUCUCCAAAUCAACAAUCUGUUUCAUCAACAUCUACAAUUUAUUCACCUUCUCCUCCUGUGUGCAUUUUUGCUUCUGGAGCUCUUGUAAAGUCAUUAAAUUAUGUGCGUUCCCUUGUGGGCCAACAUAUUCCAAAGCGAUCUUUCCAGCCAGCAGCUUUUGCUGGAGCUCCCUCUGUGUCAAGGCAGUCACUUCCAACUCUAUCAUCUUUGUUGAGUAGAUCUUUUAAUUCCCAAUUAAGCCCUGCAAAUGGGGUGGAAUCCUCGGAGAAGAAAGACACUACUACUUUACCUGUUUCAAACUUAUCAAAUGUUGAAAAUGUUGAGAUGGCAGAGGAUCUUGAUUACAUUGCGGUUGAUGUUUUGCAGUGGCGUUGGGUUGGGGGACCAUUUCUAUCAACUGAGAGUGAUCGUCCUGUGGAUCUCCAUGAUGUGAGCAUAUGCAAAUUCCUAGAAUUAGGUGCUGCAGCUCUGCUUGUAGGAGACAUGGAAGCUAAAAUGCAGGGUCAGCCUUGGAAAUAUUUUGGAACAUCUGAUAUGCCUUAUCUUGAUCAAUUAUUGCAGCCUUCAUCAGCCACAACAAUUACCAAUUCAACCUCAGCUCGUCCCCACCUGAGAGCAAUAACAGCAUCUAAGCGCAGUAAAGCAGGACCUCGACAAAUCUGGGAGGAUUCUCCUGUGAGUACGUUUCGCCCACGUGCUCGACCGCUCUUCCAAUAUCGUCACUACAGUGAACAACAACCUUUACGAUUAAACCCUGCUGAGGUAUGUGAGGUCAUUGCUGCAGUUAGCUCAGAGACAUAUUCUUCUAGUGCCAAUCAUUUGACUAUAUCAUCUAGAUUAAGUAAUAACAGUGGAAAGCCGUCAAUGGAUGUGGCUGUGAGUGUUCUUAUUAAACUUGUCAUUGACAUGUAUGUUCUGGACUCUGGGACAGCUGCUCCUCUCACUCUGUCAAUGCUUGAGGAAAUGCUUAAUUCUUCAAAAGCUGCUUGUAGGGUCCGUGCCUUUGAUUUAAUUCUGAACCUCGGGGUUCAUGCUCAUUUGUUGGAACCAAUGUUGAUCAAUGAUACUUCUACUACAAUUGAAGAAGAGUAUUCACAAGAAUCAUUUUAUGAUUGUGAAGAACAACUUCCGACACAGGGGAACCAGAAAGCCGAUUCUGUUGACAAGCUGGGCAGUUCAUCAGCAAUUGAUAACUUUGAGUCAUGGAUUUUAAAUAUUUUAUACGAGAUACUUCUUCUUCUUGUCCAGACAGAGGAGAAAGAACAAUCUGUUUGGGCCUCUGCUUUAAGCUGUUUGCUUUAUUUUGUAUGUGAUAGAGGCAAAAUCUUAAGAAACCGAUUAGAAGGCCUUGACAUAAGGGUCAUUAAAGCCUUAAUAGAGACUAGCAGGAAGAAUUCUUGGGCAGAAUUGGUUCAUAGCAAGCUCAUUUGCAUGUUAACAAAUAUGUUUUAUCAAGUUUCUGAUGGGUCUAUGAUGUUUGUCUCAACAAACCCGGUGUUUCUCAUAGACCAGCUUGACCUGAUUGGGGGAAUUGAGUUCAUUUUCUAUGAGUAUUCUCUGGCUAACUUGAGAGAAGAGAGGAGAAAUCUAUACUUGAUUCUUUUUGAAUAUGUGUUGCAUCAAAUAAAUGAAGCUUGCAUAGCUGCUGGGCUGUCUGAAUAUGGUGACAAUGAGAUUCAACCUAUUGCAUCUCUCCUCACUCUUGCUAAUGCACCUGAAGCUCUUUACAUGUCUGUUAAGUUGGGUGUUGAAGGCAUUGGGGAGCUUCUGAGAAGAUCAAUUUCUUCUGCAUUAUCUAGAUAUCCCAACAAUGAACGACUGAAUUUGCUCUUGGAGAAUAUAGCAGAGAAAUUUAAUGCAAUAAUCAGUUCCUUUACUCAUUUGGACAAAGAGUUCUCUCAUCUAAUUGAAAUAACCCAAUCUUACAAGUUUCUGGAAAGUUUGGAGAGUGCAAUACUAACAAAUGGUGUCGGCAUGAAAUCAAAACUAUCUUGGGCCACUUUGCAUUCUCUUCUUCACUCAGAAAGGAUUGCCUACCGUCGGAAUGGCUAUACCUGGUUGGGUGAUUUGCUUAUUGCUGAAAUUACCGAGGGAAGCAAUGUGAAUGUAUGGUUAAAUGUCAAAGAAUUGCAGGGUAAAAUUGCCUAUGCUGGUGUACAUGAUUCUUCAGUUUCGUCAGAUGUUCCUGUGUCAAUUUGGCUUAUGUGUGGUCUUUUGAAGUCCAAACAUAAUAUCAUCAGAUGGGGCUUCCUGUUUGUUCUAGAGAGACUUCUCAUGCGCUGCAAAUUUUUGUUAGACGAGAAUGGAAUGCAAUCCUCAAGGAGCAAUGAUGCCAGUCACGAGCAUGCAGAUAGCCGACUUGAUAAAGCAAAUGCUGUGAUAGACAUUAUGAGCAGUGCUCUAUCCUUGGUGGCUCAAAUAAACGAAACAGAUCGCAUCAACAUUUUGAAGAUGUGUGAUAUAUUAUUCUCUCAAUUGUGCCUGAAAGUUCUCCCUGCAACUGCAAUCCCAAAUGGUGAAGGAAUGCAAAAGAGUAAAGUUAAUGGUGGAGCGGAUGAAAAUAAAAAAAUUGAUACUGGUGAGCGCAUAUCUCGAUUAGAAAAAAUUGAUGACUUUCGCUGGAAUGAAUUCAUGGAAAAAGCUGAUAGCAGAUCCAGCUACAGCAUUAAUAGUUCUCUCACGUGCAAUACAACAUCAAUGACAGCACUGCUUCUCCAAGGACAGGCUAUUGUUCCUAUGCAAUUAGUUGCACGUGUUCCUGCUGCGUUGUUUUAUUGGCCACUUAUUCAGCUAGCUGGUGCAGCAACAGACAAUAUUGCUUUGGGUGUUGCUGUUGGAAGCAAAGGAAGAGGAAACCUUCCUGGUGCAGCGUCAGAUAUUAGGGCAACUCUUCUGUUGCUUCUAAUCGGUAAAUGCACGGCAGAUCCUUCUGCUUUCCAAGAAGUCGGCGGAGAAGAAUUUUUUAGGGAACUUUUAGAUGAUACAGAUUCAAGGGUAGCGUAUUACUCUUCAGCUUUUCUUUUAAAGAGAAUGAUGACAGAAAAACCUGAUGAGUACAAGCACAUGCUUCAGAAUCUCAUCUUUAAAGCACAGCAGAGCAACAAUGAGAAGCUGUUGGAAAAUCCGUACCUUCAGAUGCGUGGCCUGCUUCAACUCUCAAAUGAUGGGCUGUAAUAUAAUGACUCUUGGAGACACUGCAAUGCUGAGUCAUUUGAAAUUCUCCACUCUUGUCUCCCGUGAUCUUUCACUCACCCGGGGACAUUUGACAAAGUCUUGAGGAUCCAUAAUUGGAUUAUGCCUGGUGUUUUAGGCAUGCAAUAACUCAAGUUGGUUUCUGUUAUAUGGAAGUACGUCAACCAGGCAAAAUAUUUGAUUAAAGUGGAGUAUGGGUCUCUAGACCCUCCUCCACCAUUUACCAGUGAAAUAAGAAAAAGGCUCUGGACACAAGAUGAACUGAGAAAUUGGAGAAGCUGAGAAAUUUCUGUGGACUCCAUAUGUUCCAAGAUCAGCCGCCUCUUCAAUUGUUGCAUCAAGAUGCCUAAGAUAAUUGUGCGUUAACCAGACAGAAUUUUCAACUGGAGGACCAAGUUUGAAAUAUAUCUGAAGGUUUGAACUGGCACGGACACUAAAAGACUGGCCAGAUUAAAAGAUUUUCAGGAAUUGUUUUGGAGUAACCUAGUCAACAAUUCCGGUAAUUGGUUUUUUCCACUUAAAUCUAACAGAGUUCAGAGACUUGAAAUAUAAUCAGUUAUUGUGUGCAUACUGUUAAGAGAAGGCUUUCAGGCAGCUUAGUCAAUCUUUUCUUUUGUGCAGAAUCAUUGAAUUGAAUCCAGGCUUCUUUUAUUUUAUUUGUAUACCCAAGGGCAGUGUUGAAUUCAGGCUUCAUUUUUUACACAGCCAUCAUUCUUAAUAUAAACCUUGGAGUUCGUUUUUAACUCAAAAGGAGGCUAUCAAUUUUGUCGUGACAAGACACUGAAUUAUGUUCGCUCAGUGACCAGGACCUGUAGGUGCUAGCUGACCUGGAUCACAAGUCUCUCCAGCUGUCUUGUUUAGGAAAUGUAAUUUAGGCCAUCUUCAGAGUGUCCCUUUUUUUCUUUUGGGCCUGUGUUGUUUCUUACUCUCUUUUUUCUUUUUACGUUGUAAAGAUGUAAUUUUUCUUCAUUUUUUGUGCAUCUCCUCCACCUUGGCGUGAUUCUUUGUAUAAUUACUGUUGAGAAUUUUCUUUUACCGAGUUUUGAGCGUACAAGCUGAUUUAAAUAAAAGUGUCAGCUGGUACCUUAUUUAAA